CAUUCUCUCCGCCCAUCCCAAGUGAGCAACCUCCCCCGUCUUUCACCUCUUGCCUCCUGCCACCAUCUCCCUUUUCUGCAACAGUCUGCUUUGCUCUUUGUGCAUGCUGCAUCAUGAUGAAUGUGGACUGCAUCUGGGGUCUCUUCUUGAUCCUGUGUCUGAGUUUAGGAUGGACGAAGGCUCAGCAGACCAACUUCACCAGGCCUGUGUUCCACUGUGGAGGAGACCUGGUCUCAGACUCAGGCUUUGUUGGCAGUGAGGGCUUCCCGAGCUUCUACAAACCCAACAGUAAAUGUACCUGGCGUAUCACUGUCCCAGAGGGAAACGUGGUCAUGCUCACUUUCCGCAUAUUUGACGUUGAGGCUGACUCACAAUGCCGCUACGACUAUCUGGAUGUUUACAAUGGCAAUUCGAACUUGGUGCAAAAACUGGGCCGCUUUUGUGGAACUUUCCGGCCUGGCGCUCUGAUUUCUACCACAAACACCAUGAUGCUAGAGAUGGUGACUGAUGGAGAGACCCAGAGCAGAGGCUUUGUGGCAUAUUUCAGUCAAGCCAGACCGUACGUAGAUGACGCGCAGUUCUGUGGGGGGAAGAUAACAAAAGCCCAGGGAGAGAUCAAGACGCCCAACUGGCCUGACAAGAAAUACCCCCCAGGAACCAGCUGCUCCUGGCUUAUCACUGUGGAGCCUGAUAUGGUAAUCCAGGUGAAGUUUGAUAAGUUCAUCUUGGAGGCUGACACCUAUUGUCGGUUUGACUAUGUGGCGUUCUUUAACGGAGGAGAGAAGGAUGAUUCACGGCUGAUUGGAAAAUACUGCGGCGAUCAGGCCCCACAGCCCAUUAUUACCACCGGCAACGUGCUACUGGUCCAAUUCGUGUCUGACCUCAGUGUGACAUCUGAUGGGUUCCUGGCCCACUAUACCAGCUUCCCACGUGGUUCUCAGAUACCAAUAGUUGACUCAGGAGCUGGUUCAAGGUCCAUCCCAAGAAAUCCUGUAGUCAAACCGGCUACACGUCCCGCUGUCAACGUACCGCCACCCGCUCCCACCGCCAAAUAUGUACCCCCCGAGCCCACCCAGAGACCCAAACCAGUCAAACCCACAAGAGGCCGUGGACAGGGCGCCACAGGCCCGGACAGGAGGGUUCCUGUCACGAAACCAAACGGAAAGAGGCCUGUCCCUCAAAACCCUCUCUGCGCCAAAGCCUGUAAAAGAGAUGGAACCAUCAAGACCAGUUUCUGUGCCAGUGAAUUUGUGAUAACCGGGAAGGUGACCUCUCUGGCCCCCGGACCCAGAGGUACUCUUCAAGUUAGCGUCUCCCUCAUUAAGGCCUACAAGGCAGGCCGACUAACAAUCACACAAGUCGGAGAGACCAUGUCGGUUAAGGUGGUGUCGCAGUGCAAGAAGUGCCCGUUGCUCCGCAGAGGUGCUAACUACAUAAUCAUGGGUCAAGUAAAUGAAGAAGGACGUGGUACCCUGGCACCCGGUGCAUUCACAGCCCCUUACAAAGCCCCACAUGACAGAUUAUUAAUGAAUAUCAACAAUCAACCCUGUUAACCUCACACAUCUGUAAAAGCUGGGAAACUCAGAUGACAUAUCAAACACACACAUCCAAAUAUUACAAUGUGAAAUACAGAUCUAUUAAAGCACAAUAGUGCAGUAAAACAUAACUACAGAUUUAUCCACCAUUUUAAAGGAACACUUUUAUUCAAACACCGUCCAAAACCUAAUGUUUGUAAUUUAUAUAUGAAUAAAGGUUUAUAUCUCU